ACACACACACACACAUUGGCUCCGAGCUCAGACACCAGAGUUGACGUUCUUGAGCGGAGGUCGAGAGAGGGACAGAUGGGAUGCAAACACACUCCGGGAAAAAAGAAGCACACGACGCUCCGCGCAGCAUUGACCGUCAACGCAUGGGAGAGAAAAAAAGACCAGAGUAAAAACCAGUGACAGCCUGACUGAAAGAAAGAAGGAAGAUGCAAUGAGCCGGAUGAUAUUAAGAAGGAUGAGCGUCAUUUCAGCUUCCUAAAAGCUCUGUUUGAUUCUCUUCGCGAGCUGGAAGUUUGCUGAUGUUCCAGUUCUGUUCCUGUCACAAGUAAAGGAUGAGGUGAACGACAAAACCGACGAAACUCAAGGAUAAAUGCAAGAGACAAAAGUCAACUUGAGGAGAUGCAUUGCCCAGUCCUGGACUGCCAAGAUUUGCUACACCAGAGAGGACUGUACACACAAACUUUGAGUGGGAAAGUAGGGCAUUAAAGGGUGCCGGGGCAUCCUCUCACUGGUCAGCCUGAAAACUGUAUCCAAUUAGCAUUUUAUUUGCCUUGAUAUUUUUAGGACAAGCAUGGUUAUAACUGCUGCAGAGUACUCUGUGAAAGCUAUGUGACGUGAGAUUUUGCUUUUGGCUAUGAAACCAUGAUGCAGACUUUUGUGACAUACUCACAAGCCUACCCUGCCAAAGUUUCAUGCUCUUCAGGACUUACAGCAAAGAGUGUCACCACGGUUGCUUAUUGAGAAUUUAAAUGCCCCCGUGGACUAAUGGGGCUGAAGCUCAGGAUAUACUCAGUCCCUCUUUUGCAUGUAAAGACACUUGCUUAUAAAGACUCUUUGUGCCAAAACCUGAACAUACUCUGACAGCAUUAACGCAAAGACUUACACAGAAACCCUCAGUCAUGUGACCUGAGGAAAGGACCAGUCACAUGCUCUGCUGCCGUAGGCUGGUCUGUUUUAUUUAUUUUUUUGUUACUGCAACGUUUAUCAUGUUCAGAGUUUGCCAAAUAUCAAAUAUGCUGUGAUAUAACUGAUUUUAUUUAAAACUACAUUUUUGUAAUGAAGUAAUUGUUCAUUCACAUUUGACUUGUGAAAGCUGAAAAAAAAACAGCCAAAAUUGUAUUAACAUCUAUGGUCCAUAAGCUACUCUUGGAUAACAUGGUGAGCAAAGAACCCAACCAUUUGCCAACUGUUCACAGCCACAGCAAUGGCAAUCCAGACAAAACACCCACCACUGUUACUGUGCGCUCAGUUCUUCUCAACCGGAACUCUCCAGAUGUUGAAAGCAGACUUAAACGCAGAAGAAACCGCACACAGCAGGUGCGCUUUAAAGAUCUGGAGGAUGAUGAUCUGUCUAAGGGUAAAAAUGAGAAGGUGAGGAGUAAGAGCCCAACAGAGGUUCCAACCUGGCAGAAGGAGUUGACAAACGGGCCCUCGCUGGUGGGAGCAGUCCGUGGGGACAUGGAAAAAACAAUUGGAGCUAUGACAGCAUUUCUGAAGAGAGCACCACCGCACCCACUUACCCCUGGGCCUACCAGGCGCUGCUGGGUCCCAACACAACCAUGUUCGCUCACACUGCCGCUGCCAACUCAGUCAUGCAAGAGUACAGCCAUCCAAACCUCACCUAGUCUACAAAAGCCUCCCUCACUUUCUGCCACGCAGACUCGUAGUCAAAGCCUGGGGGGAGGCUGGGAUGAUGAAGACUCCUCUGAUGAGCUGACUGCACAGGUCUACAUUACACCCUGUAGAUCACAGAAGAACCCUGUCCAACAUUGUACCCCUGCUGAGCAAUCAAGGUGCCAGAAAACUGAGGACAAUCAAACUGCCUCUGUGGGUACAACAACACAACCCCAGUCAUGUUCAUCCGCACCACAAAAACAGUCCAGAAGGAGAGGGAGGAGAAAAUCUUUAAAUAGAGCAGCAAGUGAUCCUGGGAAACAUGAGCCUCUUUGUACUUCCCCAACUAAAACUGUGCACAAUAGCCAUAAUAGUCAACAGUCUAACCAAACUGAGGAGUUCCCGUCCAAAACUGUGGCACACAGAACUUCAUCAGAUGGGGAACGUUGUGUACGUCCACAACGUUCCUCUACACCUAACUCAGUUCAUAUGUCAUGUAGUGUCUCUUCCACACAGACUGAAAAAAGCAGCGAUUCAAAACCCAGAACUGUUAUAGACAACACAACCUCGUUGCAAACAAUUGAAGUAGACCCUAAAUCUAGUUCAUCUCCCACAACACCCCCUGCUCCAACUUCCACAGGUCUCAAAGAAACAUCACAAUGUCCACACGCUGCUGCAGAGAACAUCAAUUUGAGCCCUGGUGUACCUGAGUCUUUGUGCACUACUGCAGCACAACUCGUGUCUACAGUCACAACAUCCUCAAUACAUGGGCAAUCAUGCAUGUCUCCUACACAGUCUUCAGGACGUUGUUGCACACCUGUUGUUCAGACUAUGGCAAAUUGUAAGACUCCACCAAUACCUGAAUCCCAGUGCAUUGGAGAUUUACACAAAGAGCCAACAACUCCUUCUCAACCUCGGCCUUGCCUCCAGAUGUCAGAGGAAACCAUUCAAUGCUCUAAGACACCAUGCAGUUCUCAAGGAGCACCUGUAGUUGCUUCUGCAAUCAGCUCUACACAGCCAUGCCAGAAUACUCCAACACUUCCCAUGGCUUGCGGUUCCACCUCAAACCAACCUGUGUACUCUGUGAUAACUCCAAUGCAAACAGUAACUCCCAUUCAGUCUGUGCCAAGCUGCAAGAUUCCUAAUCAGAAUGAGCCAUUGGGUUGUACCCCUGCCCUUAUUGUGCAGACUACCCACACCCCAGCACCUGUUCAGCCUACACCAUCUUGUAAAAUUCCAAUGCAGUCCGUACCAUACUUUGUCAAAGAAAAACCAGCAACCUAUGGCUCUCCUAAACAAGCUGUGCCAUCUCAUAAGAUCUCUAUACAAACUCUCCCUCACAAUGUGAUCCCCUUUAUACCUGAGCAACCUUGUGCCACGACUCCAAACCCUAUCCCACACUUCCCACACAAGGGUCCCAUUGCAGCUGCAGCACAUGUCAUUCCUAUUGCACAAACUGCACUACAUUGCAUUUUGGAACAACAAACCGUGGCAGCCAAUGUAACUCCUUCCAUGCCGGUUCUUAUUUGCAGCCCUUCCACACAACCUGCACAAGGUACAUUUUCAGUUCAAGCAUCGCCACACUGCAACUCCAGUAUGCAAAACGCAGUGUCUUGCAGUAACCCCCCUCAAGUCGUGCAACACUUUAAGACACCUACUCAAACAGUACCGCACUCGAAAUCAUUUCCACAAAAUAUGUCACCCAUUCUCUGUCAACGUGAGGCAAUGAUGUAUGCUAAUAAACCCCAGGAAACUGUGCUUCCCUCCGCUAAUUUCAGGCAUUCUUUACCUCCCUAUGCCUGCCCUCCACAGACUGCUCUGCUGUACUCUAAUGCUGGGGCGAGUCCCUCCCCUCCUCAGGCCUUCUGCUGCACUCAGGACAGACGAGACAGAAGAGAGUUCAUGCUUCCUCCCCCACCACCUCCUCCUCCUCCAUACACCCCACGCAAAGAGGGCUCCUCAACUCCAAAAGGACAGCCCCGCAAGCCUCCUGUCCCUAAAGCUGCAAGCACCAACUCUGAAAAAGACAGAGUGAAACCUGGGAUAGAAAAGCCAAAUGCUGAAGCAGGAACUCUCCAUCAGGCAGGUGAAACCCCACCUCCUAUUCCUCCCAAAAUGAAGGCACGAGCUACAGUGAGGCCCACCUGUUUAAGCAGCCGACGGGCGAUCCUUGGCCCAGAAUCCCAGUCAAAUGCAAACCACUUGCCUCCCGCUGUGGGGACGAACCCCCAGGGUCCCCUGGGACCAGCGGAGGGCCAGGCUGACACAUUGAGGCAGGUGCAGGAGCUACUGGGAGGGCUGAUGUCUGGAGCUAAGUGUAAGCUGGAUCUGGCAAAGGCAAAAGAGAAACUGUUUGGCCCAAACGGCCCUCUGUACGACAUUGGUGCUCUGCAGUCUCAGCUGCACAGCCUGGAAGGGGUGUUGGAGACCAGCCAGAACACAAUCAAGGUUUUACUGGACGUCAUUCAGGAUCUGGAGAAGAAGGAGGCAGAGCGAGACGGAAGACACUCAUACCGAACAGGACAGGACAUCGAGAACUGUGGCACAUGCAGAGACUGCGCCUGUAUCAUAUACAGUGUGGAGCACGACUUCCGGCUGCAGGAGGGUCAGGUGACGCGAGCGUGGAAAGUCCCGGAGCACCAGGAGUCUGAACAGGGCUCUCCUCAGCUGCCGUUUCCUCCUCCGCGACAGCAGGACUCUCCACAGGCCCUCCAGACGGUCAAGAAGAGCCGCAGAAAAUGCUUCUGGUUCCUCUGAACUCUGAACAAAGCCUCUUCUCUUCCGCUUCCAACCGGAGAGCAUUUCUGGAUGAGGAGCCUCUGUUUUUUUUUUUAGGCAAUUUUCACAGGAGGCAGAUUUUAAAAUCAAGAUUAAUGUCUUGGACUUUUUAAAGGCUGCGCACUUUGAUAUUU